CUUCGCCCCUGUGGCCGUCAGGACACCGGGAGGGAGGCUCUGGAGUAGGAAGGGUGACCGUACAGCCCUGACAGCAUAGGCGUGGUCCGCUGCGAUGCGAAUUCAGUGGCUGUUUUUUUCCGACGGCUUCGACCCCCGCAGCCGGAGGAGACGUUUUGCACGGGAAUGUUUCGUUCAGUCCUGUAAUGGUACUCCCCGCGGGCAGGCAUGGGGAUGGUGACCUCUUUAAGCUGGUGGCUGGGAAGAUACUGGAUUAAAACCUCUACAAAUGCGGAGCUGUAGUCUCCCCAGGCGCCAACGUGUCGGUGUGUUGGGGGUAAAUGCGAAGCUGAAGCCUGAGCGAGGAGGCUGGAGGCUGAGUGACACAGCAGCCUCUGACCACAACAAGAGCUUUCUGAUUUGCUUCAGCUUGUGCAGCUCAUGGAUAAGUGCUGUGGACAGAUCCUUCACUGAGCAGUUUGAUUGGUUUGGGUCCUCACAACCCCAAGAAAAAACAGGACCUGGAUAAGCUUUAUGAUCUCAAAGUUAAAGCCCAACAGAUUAUGAACCAGUUUGGCCCUUCUACCUUGAUCAACCUCUCCAACUUCUCCUCCAUAAAGCCAGAACCAGCUAGUACUCCCCCCCAGAGCUCCAUGGCCAACAACACUGCCGUGGCGAAGAUGCCAGGGACGCCCAGUGGAGGAGGACGACUCAGUCCUGAGAGCAACCAGGUUUUAACCAAAAAGAAAUUGCAGGACCUGGUUCGUGAGGUGGAUCCAAAUGAGCAGCUGGAUGAAGAUGUGGAGGAAAUGCUGCUGCAGAUCGCCGAUGAUUUCAUCGAGAGCGUGGUGACUGCAGCCUGCCAGCUUGCGCGGCACCGCAAGUCAAACACCCUGGAGGUCAAAGAUGUCCAACUGCAUCUUGAGCGUCAGUGGAACAUGUGGAUCCCAGGCUUUGGCUCUGAAGAGAUCAGGCCCUACAAAAAAGCCUGCACUACAGAAGCUCACAAACAGAGGAUGGCUCUGAUACGCAAAACUACCAAGAAGUAGCUCCUGGGAGGAGCUGGCAGCAGCCCCAGCGCCUCUGGGGUGCCUGCAGCCUCCACCAUGCCACCCACGGGAUAUUUUUUUUAAUGCUUUACAGAGAAGCAUAUAUUUUUUAUGAGUGGUGCAGCAAUAUCUUGACUUCAUGAGAAGAUCUGCCAAAAACGUUCUCCACCCCCUUGCUCGUCCCCACGAGCGUGGCAUGUCUCAGCCCAGAGACUUUUUAUUUGUGACUUGAAAGUGGUUUCUCUUAUCAGUGGUUACCCAAGGGACAGAGCCUUUGUGUGGGACAGUAUUAGAAGCAUCUGUAGAGGAUUUUGUUUCCUCCCUCCUGCCCCUACCUACUCCAGUACUUUGUAAUGUUAGUGUUUCUACAAAUACUUGCCUUUGUUUUACAUGAAUAAAGAAAUUAUUGCUCUAA